CGGAGAGGAGAGGAGGCAAGAGGAGGCGCUGGAUGAUACGCUGCGCCUUUAAAGCAGCAGGCCCCUCCUCCACAGAGCUGAGCCGAGGAGCCGAGUGGUGCUGGCAGGAGCCUGAGCUCCACGAUAAACUCUGGCAUCAGCUCCUCUUCAUCCGGCAGUCAGCGAGGACACAGUGAGGGUGCAGGGGCAAGAGAGACAGGGACGGAGAAAGAGUGACAGAGACGGAGGGAGCUGGAGAGAGAGAGAGAGAAGAGAGACAGACACACAGUAGCAGGCCAAAAACACUGAGAGGGUUGCUUUAUUUUUUUUUUCCCCCCUCAACGUGCAGCCUCCAGAUGGGAUGACGGGUGGCAGCGCUUUUACGGCAGCGCGGUUGUCUGAGUGACGGCAGCGGCCGCAUCACAAUCCAAAGUAGGAGUUCUCCUCGCCUCCCCGGCUCUUAGUCAUCUUUUGCCUCUUCUCUCUCUCUCUCUCUCUCUCUCUCUCUCCUUUUUUCCAGAGUGCUAUCAGGGCCAUUCAUCGUUCCCAUCUCAUGCCCCCUGCCUCCUCCUCCUCUUCUUCAUCCUCCUCCUCCACAGCUCCAUCCUCCAGUUGUACUCCUCCUCUGAUGAGCCACAACCUCAGAGUGAAAUAACCCUGCUGAUAGAAGCUUCUCUCUCUGUCAAGACAGUGCCAUGUGCAGUUGGCCAGCGCACCCCAUGGUCGUGGCAGCGCCCUGCGUUUGGCGAGAGUCUCUCCCCCCCGUUCGUUCGCUGGGGCUCCGUCGGGAAGCUUUCAUGGGAUUUAUUCUGUGCUGCCGGAUGGCACAGAGAUCCCUUCCCCUCUGAAGAGACUCUGUGGAGAAAACUAAGUACAUGGAUAAGAAGUCAAAUAAUUAUCCAAUCACAGCACAAGCAGGCAGACUGGGUUCCCUUAGCAACAACUGAAGGAGACAAGAAUCCUUUUUUUUUUUCUCUCUCUUUCUGCUCCCUUGGUUUUUGGGCACACCCCUGUGGACCGCCGUGGGUCAGUGUUUUGGAAGAGGAGUUGGAGAGCGAUGUUGCAUAAGACGAUGUGCCACCCGGAUUCCAGGGGAUGGUACUCAUUUGCUUUCCGGCCCCCCCAUUCACAUGUCUCACUGGGACCAUGAUCGUUUGUAAUCCCUCCACAAAUUGUCAUCACAAGUCACGUUCUGCCGGCUUAGAAAUCAAUUCAUUCUGAUCCCACAUCACCUGGAAUGAGCUCCGCAUUUAGGAAGGGGGGGAGAUUGGAUGCUGCUUUGAAAAAAAUAAACAGUCCUUCACCUCAGAUCUUUCAUGGACAAAAAAAAGAGGUUAGACCACCAUCUGUGAAGAUAUUGGAUGUGAGACAAAGUUCAUUUUGAUUUCUAAGGAGAAUCUUUUUUUUUUUUUUUCCUGGGGGUAAGAGGAAUAUUCCCCCAUUUUCCAAAAAGAAUCCAUCAUUUAUUUUAUAGACAGCAGCCCUCACUGGGGGACUAUAUUUAGAAGCCAAAUCUUGUCCCCUCUGGAUAGCUGGGAGAAUAGAAACAAAAGAUCAUUGUGAAAACUGAGCCACUGCUGGGAUUUUCUUUUCUUUUUUUUUCUUACUGAGGCUACCGUGUAUGAAACUCACCGUUGAAAAGGAUUGACGUGAACCUCUCCGCUGUUUUUACUUUUCUAUGUUGGUCUGCGGUGAUGUCACCAGAUGAACAGGAUUGUGCAGGGAAGGAAAAGUCGUCUCCCCUUAUAGACGGGUGUUUUCAAAAAUAGCACCUACCUGGGAACAAUUUCAAAUAUACACACUUGACAGAUGAGUUGAGUUGGCUCAACGUGGUUAUGUAAGAGUUCCUCACCAGCUUCAGCCCAUGUGUUUUUCCCCCCUCUCUCUCCUUUUUCAAUGGAUUUACUCCUUUCAACUUUUCCCAUGCUGACUUUCUCUUCAUCUGGGGAAGUGUCUGCCAGAAGGCAUGGAUUUCAGAGCGUGACCCUGUGCCAAGUGUGCAGGCGAGGCAAGGCGUUUCGGCUGCCCAGGUGCUUUUAAGAUGUUGAGGUCUCCCUGCGUGGCCGGGGCCCCUGUUCGGAUCAGUAGCACUGAGGCUCCUCGUAGCCAAAGACAUGGACCCCGACUCGGCUCCCCCAUGCCCUCAGCCUGUUGGCCACUGGCCCCACGUUGCUUUGUAAAGGAUGUCCCUCAGCAGAGCUCCGGCCCGGGACACCUCUGAGACCCCCAGCCCGAGAGAACGCAUCCGCAGCCACAUGAAGAUGGUGAUCGACCAGCUGGAAGGCAUUCUCAAGGAGCUCAAGGAUGUGGCCAAGGAACUCCGGGAGGUGGUGGGUCAAAUCGACAAAUUAACGUCUGACUUCGACUUUGACCAGGAGCCGGAUGAUUGGACGGUGGCCACAGCCAGCAGCACAUCCAGCAGUGAGCGGGGUUUGGGAGAAGCCUUCAGGCUGGACUUUCUCAACGCAGAUGUGCUCUCCGACAGCUGGGAGUUCUGCAGUUACCUGGAGGCCGCCGGCGCAGCCGCCCGCAGAUCCAGCGACCUACGACAGGACCUGGGUCAAGGAACUAUCCCGACCCAGACCCCGCCCCCCACCACUGCCUCGGUCUACUCCCAGAUGAAUGGCGGGCUUCCGAUCCCCAAUGGGCCACGCAUCAUUACUCCGGACUCCUCCAGCGAGGAGGCCAGCAGCUCCACGCACAGCCAAAAGACCUCGCGCACCUCUGGCACGCGGGAGAGAGUCCGCUUCAGCGACAAGAUUCUUUACCAUGCGUUGUGCUGCGACGACGACGAAGAGGAGGAGCAGGAGGAGCUGCGGGAGGACAAGAGCGGCUGUGCCACGCCAGACAGCGACACAGAGCCGGGUCUCCUGGGCAGCUCAGUCGGUCCCAAGCGUUCUUCCUCUGAGCACUCGCUCCUAUAUAACUGUCUGGACCCUUCCUAUGGCUCCUCGCCGGUGACGGCGAUGACGGGAGCCCACACGCUACCCAGGAAAGGUCUCUUAAAUCCCGGCUGCCGCAAAAAACUGUUAAGAAAUAGCAGCACACAAACUGUCUCUGACAAGAGCACUCAAACUGUACUGCCCUAUAUUCCAACCAAACAGAAAGCAAAGGACCACUGAGGAAGCAGGCGAAUCUCAUGAAGAGAACUGUGCAUUAUUUAAUAUUAAAUACAUAGCUCAUAGAUUAAUACACAAAUAAAUAAAUUACUAAAUAAAUAAAUGAUAUAUGGGAAAUCA